AUGAAAAUCUUCCUGCGUAUAACUGAACGCUUGUUCGCUGUUCGUAUGGCCACAGCAAGAACAAGCGCAGACUUUGAAUUAAGCUCAUUGGUGACAUUAAGCCUAGUGAUCUUAACAUCUCUCGGUGGACGUUAUAGAAGUUUGAGAUUAUUCGAUUCGAGAGUAGUCCGACUAUGGUGCGCAUUGAUGGAGGGUAGGCCGGACCAUCCUGUUAUCGUCAUCUCUCGUGUUUCCGCUACUCGUUGCAUGCUACAUUGCGUUGCGGUUGCGUUGCGCGUUGUUAAGAAUCGUCGAUGUGGUUGGGUUGGUUGUAUCAUAGUUUGGGAUUUUUAG